ACUUACUGCAGAGCUAAAAAUAUAUAAUGAUAACAGCUGGUAAUGGUAUAAAAGAGCCAGAACAAAAAGGAGACAAAGUACUCAAGGGAUCAGCUUGCUACUUUCCAUAGACAAGACCACCACAGAAUAAUAUGUCUCAGCCAGAGGUGAAGAAGAAGAAGCGGCCACCUGUCAAAGAGGAAGACCUGAAAGGAGCCCGCAGUAAACUAGGGCUGAAGGGAGAGGUCAAAAGCAAAACAUAUGAGGUUAUGGUCGAGUGUGAGCGCAUGGGGAAGGUUGCACCAUCUGUAUUCAGUGGAGUAAGAUCUGGUGGCGAGACAGUCCUUGAAAAACCCAAGCCAGGAAGUGUGUUUGGCAAGUGAGAAGAUGAGAUUAAUAAAUGGACUCUUGUUGUAUGGGUUUUAUAUGAAUAUCCUAUAUAGGUCCAUGACUAUAAUGGGCUAAAUUUGUUGUGUAAAAUUGUAUAACUCUUUUCUACUGUUUGAUUUGUUGUAAAGACCCAUCUGAGCCCUUGUGCGCCAAUUUCUAAUGUCAUGUUUUGUAUAUAAAAAACAUUUCUAAAUGAUCAGUCACUUAAUAUAUCUGUUAAGUCCUGUACGGAAAAGUCUGUAAUUUCAAACCUAGUGUGCAAAUAUUAAAUGACACAGUUGGUCAUUACUUAAAAUGUAGCCACACCAUGAUGUAUUUCCUUUCCCAGAUUAAGAAAAGAAAAUAUAUUUGGAUUGCUGUUCACUAUAUCCUUGAGACUUGUUUCAACAUCAUCUGAGUGUCAUCAGUGAAGCAACUUCCAUAGUAAUUCACUAAUUUCAUGACAUCACACUGUAGGUUAAAGGCCAAAGAUAUUCCCAUCAGAUUGUAAAGCCAACUGGUGAAUGAUGCAACAUCUACAAAGGACAAACUUCCAACUGUAAAUGACUGCUCUUAAAUGAAUAAAUAAACUUUGCAGAAAUCGUCAAUUAACAAUCUUAACUAGGUGUGUGAUCGGUUAAGAUAAUUUGCCUAGCAGUUACACCUUCGUUGUAAUUGUUUUCCUUUUUUUGGAAGAAAUCCUGCAAAUGUAAUAUUUUCUUGUACCACUGUAAAUACCCAAGGCUUGUAAACUGGGUUAAUAAAUGAUUAAAUCAAUAAAUAACCAAAUACUACAUCAUUCUUAAAAAAAAAAAAAUACAAUACCACACUGAUUAUUUUGUCAAAUUUUAAAAUGCAAACACAUUUUCCUGUUCUGUCUUGGAAAAGUUGAACUCUCCCAACUGCAAAACCAGGUUUAACAAUGGAAGAAUUAAACUGUUAAUUAUGAAAUAUCAUUGAAUCUUUUCAGGAAAAUACUACAUUAUCUGUAUUUAAAAAUAGUUAUGGAACAUAGUUAUACAAUAUAGUGGGACUUUAUGUAUUCUGAUAAAACUUCUUUGUACC